CAACAGGUCUUUUGAGGGGCAGGUGUCGGUUUUUGGGGUGUUUGUGAGCUGCCAGGACUUUUGUAUCAGGCUUGCUCAUAGUCACGUGGCUGUGCAAGACUUUGGUGUGACCUUCCAGGGCCUUGGAGGGGUUGUCAUGCUGAAUGGCCCUUGGCAUGGCUUCGGGGUGUGUGCGUGUGUGUGUUUAAGGAUAGCUAAGCCCCAUGAUGACGUGACCUAAGCAUGACCUGCCAGGACCUUUGGGGUUCAGCAUUUGUGCAGAGCUGAUGCGUUUCCUGGAGAUGGUUGCUAACAACUGAGUGGACGAGAGCAACAAGCAGGUGAUGCUGGCAGGGGGACUCUGAAGGCCCUCCCAGAGCAUCGCAACAAACACUGGCCAUACCUCUGACAUAAGAGUUCUUCAGCAGAGCACAAGGAAGAAAGCAACGAUGCCGUUCUUCAAGUCGGCCUCCAGCCUCCGCUCAGAUAGCAGCGAUGUGGACCUGGAUAGCCUUGCUGAAAGCGAGUUGGUCAAACUCCAGCGCCAGUUCCGCCUCUUGGAAGGACACCGUCAUGCCUAUGCCGUGGAAUCGAGGGAAACCAUCCGCAGGCAGAUGCUGGAGAUGAAGCGCCUGGAGAAGGAGAACGAACAGCUGCUACGCAGGCAGGCUGUGGCGGAGAGCCGCACCUACCAACAGCAAGGGAGAGAUCAAACCAACAACCUGCGAGCCCUGUUGGGACGCCGGGACGAUGUGGAGGUGCAGAUAAUGGAAGAGAAGAAGAAAAUGUCCCUACUCGAGCGAGAGAUACAAAGCUGGGAGAAGCGUUUGGUUGGCCAAACGAAGGAAGUGGGCAGUGGACACUUGAUCCAACAGCAAAAGGCCCACCUGCAGAAGAGGGUACAGACGAUGGAGAACCAGCUGGACAGGGCCACCUCGCAGUUCAAUUCCCAGCUUGUUGUCAACUCGCAGCUCCGCGGGGAUCUAGAAAUCCUCCAGGUCGGACACGAUCGCUUUGAACAGCUUUAUAAGACUCUAGAGAAGGAGCUCCUGGAUACACGGAGGAUCAUCGGGGCCAUGAUCAGCACAUCUUCAGCAGCCUACGAUGCAAGGGAUGAGGCGGAGAACCGCUUGGGCCAGCUGCGGGACAAGGCGCAGAAGGAUCUCAGGCAGUACGAAUCGGAUCUGAAAGAAUUAAACCGCAUCCUAGAUCAUGACCGCCGUUUGGAUGAAUUCUUCACCGUUAAACUGCAGGAGCGGAAGCUCACUGAGGAAGCGUUGAAGGCCAAGGAAAAACAAGAGAAAGAACUCAAACGGAGAGGGUGCUCGGAAGAGUUGCUCAUCUCUUACCAAGAUGCCCUUGAGCAGGUGCUGCAGUUGACUGGUGUGGAUACCCUGGAUGCUGUGCUGAAUAAGUUCGAUGCAGAGGAGAAGCGGAACUUUGCUCAGUUCAACUAUGUCAACGAACAGAACAACCAGCUGGAACAGAUCCGGGAACAAAUCGCUGAGCUCAAUCACCAGACAGAGAUGAUCCAGGCGCAGGGGACCCGGGUGGAAGUGGAGCUUGAGUCGCGCUUACGGGAAGACGAAGCACAUCUAGAGGAAGCGGUGAAUGACACAAAACGGGUUGAGGUUCUGCUGAAGACCCAGAUGAAGAUUUGGGAGAUGUUCAAAAGCGAAAUCAAGUCUCUCUUCGCGAAGCUGCAGUGCAACUCUUCAGUGCUGGAUAAAAUGCUGGGGGGGUCGACAAUCACACUGAAUGAGAACAUCACGGUCUACAUGGGCUCUAUCGAGCAAAGGAUCAAUGAAUUAUUGGCCAUGUAUGCCUACGUUGUGGCAGAGGAACAAGAGAAACCCUUCGAUUCGUUGGAGAUGGCGCAGCUGAUUCUGGGGCAGAGGCCCGGGGUUCCGCCUCACCGGCUCAGUGUUCGGCCUCCCAGUGCUGCACCAAACCAGGAUGCAGUCAUCGAAGAAGAGCAGAGACCCUUGACCCACAAAGAGCUCCGAGCAAAAGUCUUGAAGGAGGUCCUGAAGACAGGAACCCUUUACCUCAGGAGGACCACGCAACCUGAAAUACCGAGUCCCCGGACUCGGAUGAGCGUAUAUAAGAAAGGCCAGCAUGCCUCUUGACUUGCGUAGGACAUCUCAUUGCGACCUGGUCGGGGCAGGGCAAAGGACAGAAGCCACGAUGUCAACAUGGCGGCCUGGUUCCCUGCGCUGCUGACCUUCUACCAACGCCUUCCGCUGCCUUCCCCAUUCUUUUGGGAUGAUCGGCGUGCUGGGAUGUAGCCUCACCCCGCAGGGGCCCGUGGUCUGCCCAGACUCCUCAAAGAUCUUCCUCCUUCUGGUGGAAUUUCCACUGACUGCUUACCCAAUCAGGACUGACAGGCUACAAAGACGAUACAUCACUCUUACCCUUCAUCUUAACAAAGCUGUUCAGUCCCAAGCUGCCUUCUAACCCUUAAUUCGACUCCAGAUUCCCUUGCGGAAGAGGAAACGCAUCUUGAAAUGCACUGUCUCCAUGCCUUCUCUGUAUGCCUGCUGGAAACCAUUCCUGCUGAGGAGCCUGUCCCUUACCUUUACAGUGUAGCGAGCCCAUGUUUCCAGUAACCUCCUGGGCAAAAAUGCCCAAGAUCCUGAUACUUAAAUAGGCUACACUGGGCUACGAGAGGUAUCUGAAGUUCAAGAUGUUGUCCCCCACCCCAGCCAAUUGUCCGAAAACUGGGACAUCACACUUCCUUGUGCUAUGGGGUUAUCUUUCUGACUCAUCUGGAAGAAGAAAAUCCCCCCGUCUCUUGGACAGACUGAUUGAGGCUUGAGGCAAGGGUGCAUAAGCAACUGUUUGGAUGCGUAUGGGAAACUGGGCAUAUUUGGUGCACCUAACCACAAAUUUAACUCGAAUUUAAACACACACCUGCAGCCUGACUUGUUUCUAAAAAAACUGUGCUUUUUAACCCUGUGGGUAUGUUUCUUGGCCACGGCAGUGAUCUAUACACCCGUCGUGAAGAAUAUGUGUAGCUAAAACGCAAGAAAACUGCGUUCUUUAUAGUGAAAGUACGAGAGAUGGUUUCCUGGGUGUAUGUUAAAAUUUUAGUUCUCAGCCCACAUCUUUUCUUAGUGCAAAUGUUUUUAGUCCACGGAUUCAGCAGUGGUGAUGCCCUCCGAAACUACCCCAUGUUCCGUUCCUUUGUAAUGGCCCCGCCCCUUUAUAUUACCCUCCAGAGAAGAAUCUUGGGGGAAUAUAUUCCCCUCUCAAAGAUGAUCAUCAUGGAAGAAUUCUCAACAGUUUCCUUAAAAGGGAAAUGGCAGGAUCGGACCAUGGAACAUGGGUGUGUAUGUGUGUGGGUGGGUGGGUGGGUGGGUGUUGAAGGGCAUGCCAGUGGGCCCUGGCUGCAGAGGGGAUGCUCGUGUACAGUUUCUGAGACAUGGAAGGAAAAUAAAAAAUUGUAUCGCGUUUUUUGAUUAUCAGUGCAAAUUGAAAGUGGGGUGAUUAAAAUGUUGACUAGCUGA